UCUCGACUGGAAAGUGACAGUGCAUUUGUUAAAAAUUUAAUUACAAUUUAAAAUUAUUACUACGACUGUGAGAGGAACUCAAUAACCUGAGUUUGCUGGCGUUCGCUCAUUACGAUUUUUGCUAUAAAAGCAAUAGGAAAAUAGUAAUGGAGUGGUUGUAAGCGCUUGAUUCACUAUGAUGAUGGGUCCACCCACCGCAGGGGGACCGUACUUCCAUCCUUCCCCUGCCUACCCUUCGCAGGAAAGUGCAAAUGCGCUGCAAAGGGCGAUCGAGUCGAUGGAGGAAAAAGGUCUUCAAAAUGAUCCGCGAUAUGCUUCGCUUCUAACAUUGAGGGCAAGAUCAAUGCAUUCUCAAGAUCAAGGAUCUCAGUUUCGUGCGCAGGUUGGAGUAACUGCUGCACAAGCACUGCUUUCCACAACAGCAAAUGGUGCAUUUAAAACAAAUUUUAGUCUUCCACAAAUGCAGCAAUUUAAGGCGCAAGUGAUGGCUUACCGAUUUUUAUCUCGGAGUCAAUUUUUACCUCUAAAUGGGCAAAUAUUAGCGGCCGCUCAAGGCAAACGGUUUGACUCACCACCUACUCCAUCGCCUGCAGCUCGCAAUCCGGUUCAACAAAUUGGAAUUCAAAAUGGUCCAACCACUACUACUUCAACAUCAGCAUCAGUUGCUACCGUACAGCCCCCUGUAACUAGUCCUCAAACGCAUGGCGGUCAAGCUAAAUCUCAAGCAUUAGUAGCACCGGCUCAAAAGCAAAACCGUUUAACACCUCUGGAGAAACCGGCAGGUUUGGAUCCAGUGUUGCUUUUAAAUGAAAGAGAAAACAGGUUGGCUUCGAAAAUCGUAUGUCGUCUCCAAGAUUUAUCAGAUUUACCUACAAAUAUGACAGAAGACUUGCGAUGCAAAGCACAAAUUGAGCUCCAUGCACUGAGGCUUUUAAAUUUUCAAAAACAACUUCGACAAGAAGUGGUGAGUUGUAUGUCUAGGGAUUCUACUCUUGAUACAUCGACAGAAAUCAAAGCAUAUAAACGCACGAAACGUCAAGGGCUAAAGGAAGCAAGAGCAACAGAAAGAUUGGAAAAACAGCAAAAGCAGGAAGCUGAAAAGAAACGUCGGCAAAAACAUCAAGAGUUUUUAAAUGCUGUUCUUAUGCAUGGUAAAGAUAUGCGUGAGUUCCACAAGAAUAAUCAACUGAAGACGAGUCGUCUCAAUAAAGCCAUGAUGAUUUAUCAUGCCGGUCAAGAUCGAGAGCAGAAAAAAGAGCAAGAACGCAUUGAAAAAGAAAGAUUACGCCGGUUGAUGGCAGAAGAUGAGGAGGGAUAUCGGAAACUUAUUGAUCAGAAGAAAGAUAAGCGCCUGGCAUUUCUACUUAGCCAAACUGAUGAAUACAUUGGCAACUUGACUGAAUUGGUACAGCAACACAAAACUGAGCAGCGUAGAAAGAUCAAGGAACUACGUAAAAAGAAGAAGGAGAAAGCCAUUGAGCCAACUGAAGGAGGCGACGAUGAGAAUUCUCAAAUGUCUUCAAUGGAAAAACGGGUUAGUGUUGUAGACAGAGAAACCGGAAAAAUAUUGUCCGGCGAAGAUGCACCGACUUCGGGAGAACUUCAAAUAUGGUUGCAGUCUCAUCCCGGAUGGGAAGUUCAAGAAGAAUCUGAUGAAUCUGGCGACGGUGAAUCAGAUGAUGAUCUUGACCCUUCGGCAUUAGUCACAAAUGUGAAACCACCUGUUGUGAUCCUCCCUGAAAGAGAUUCUGAGGAAAUUGGAGAAGAAGUAGCAAAGGAAGUUAUCCAGCAAGCUAAAGCUAAAGUUGAAGAUGAUGAAUAUAAACAGCAAGGAGAACAAAAUUAUUACACAAUUGCCCACACUAUUCACGAGCCGGUUACCGAGCAAGCCAACAUGUUGAUAAAUGGAAACUUGAAAGAAUACCAGAUAAAAGGUUUGGAAUGGCUUGUUUCGCUGUACAACAAUAAUCUCAACGGUAUUUUAGCCGACGAAAUGGGAUUGGGCAAAACGAUACAAACGAUAGGCUUAUGUACUUAUCUUAUGGAACGCAAAAGGAACCUUGGACCGUAUUUAAUCAUUGUUCCUCUUUCAACUCUUUCUAAUUGGGUCUUGGAAUUUGAGAAGUGGGCGCCAUCAGUUCAAGUGGUAGCUUACAAAGGGUCCCCUCUACUUCGGCGACAAAUUCAGACUCAGAUGAAAGCCACGAGGUUUAACGUUCUCCUGACCACAUACGAAUACAUCAUUAAAGAUAAAGGAAUUUUGUCCAAAAUUCGUUGGAAAUACAUGAUUAUUGAUGAGGGUCAUCGAAUGAAGAACCAUCACUGUAAACUGACUCAAAUUUUGAACACUUACUAUAUUUCUGCUCAUCGGCUUCUUUUGACUGGGACACCACUUCAAAACAAAUUGCCUGAAUUAUGGGCUUUAUUGAAUUUCUUGUUACCCUCAAUUUUCAAAUCAUCUUCCACUUUCGAGCAGUGGUUCAACGCUCCAUUUGCCACAACAGGAGAAAAAGUUGAGCUGAACGAAGAAGAAACCAUUCUCAUUAUUCGUCGUCUACAUAAAGUUCUUCGACCCUUUUUGCUACGUCGACUCAAGAAGGAAGUAGAAUCUCAAUUGCCGAGCAAGGUUGAAUACAUUAUCAAGUGUGAAAUGUCAGCUCUGCAGCGAGUUCUGUAUCGGCACAUGCAGAAUAAGGGUGUUAUGUUAACCGAUGGGUCUGAAAAGGGAAAGAAUGGGAAAGGCAGUGCUAAAGCUUUGAUGAACACGAUUGUCCAGCUAAGAAAGUUGUGCAAUCAUCCAUUCAUGUUCAGUCAUAUUGAGGACCAUUACAUAGACCAACCAACCUACGCAGAGGAACUUUUUCGAACUUCAGGAAAAUUUGAAUUACUGGAUCGGUUGUUACCAAAGCUUAAGAAUAGUGGACAUCGUGUCUUACUUUUCUGUCAAAUGACCCAGUUGAUGAGUAUUAUGGAGGACUAUUUUAAAUUUCGAGAGUGGAAAUACCUUCGACUAGAUGGUGGAACAAAAUCUGAAGAUCGAGGGGACUUGCUCAAGAAAUUCAAUGCUCCUAACUCGGAUAUUUUCAUAUUCAUCCUAAGCACACGGGCUGGUGGUUUAGGUCUUAAUUUACAAACGGCCGACACUGUAAUUUUAUUCGAUUCGGAUUGGAACCCUCAUCAGGACUUGCAAGCACAAGAUCGUGCUCAUCGAAUUGGUCAGAGAAAUGAAGUUCGAGUAUUGCGGCUCAUGACAGUGAAUUCUGUGGAAGAAAGAAUUUUAGCGGCCGCUCGUUAUAAGUUAAACAUGGACGAAAAGGUUAUCCAAGCGGGAAUGUUUGAUCAAAAGUCUACUGGUUCGGAAAGAAAGGAAUUCUUGCAAAGUAUUCUUCAAAAUGAUGAUGGUGACGACGAAGAAGAAAAUGAAGCUCCUGACGAUGAAACGAUUAACUUUAUGAUUUCAAGAGCCCCAGAAGAACUUGAAUUAUUUACCAAAAUGGAUGCGGACAGAGAAAGAGAAGAUCUUCAACGAGAAGAAUCACGAAAGGGAAGACUGAUGGUUGAAUCAGAAUUGCCAGAGUGGCUUCUACGGGCUGACGAAGCAGAAGCUGCUGGGAAUAAUAAUGAAGAUGAAGAAGAUGACGAAGAAUCCACUAGUGGGAAGAGGCGCAUAAGACGGGAAGUUGAUUAUGGCGACUCAUUGACAGAGAAGGAAUGGUUAAAAGUCAUUGGCGCCAUGGAAGACGAAGGCGAAGAAGAUGAAGAUGCCAAUAAUGGAAAACGACGGAGAAGACGUAAACGUGGAAAGUAUGACGAAGAGGAAAAUCUCGACGAUUCAACUAAAAAGUCUAAAAAGUCAAAAUCGGAAGGGGAGUCUAGUCAAAAGAGAAAUGACGAGGGCCUGAAAAUGAAAAUGCGGUGGCUGAUGCAGAUUGUUAUAGAUUAUCAAGAUAGUGAGGGUAGAGUCCUGAGUACACCAUUCAUGAAACUUCCUUCUCGCAAAGAACUACCUGGUUAUUACGACAUCAUAAAGAAACCAUUAGACAUCAAAAAAAUCAUGUCUCGAGUGGAGGAUGGAAAGUAUAAUGACCUUAACGAUUUUCAAAACGAAUUUAUGAAUUUGUGCCAAAAUGCUCAGCAAUAUAAUGAGGAUACGUCGCUGAUAUUUUCAGACUCAAUCGUUUUACAGUCGGUAUUUCUUAACGCCCGACAGCGUAUUGAGCAAGAAAUUCAUAUGGAAGAAAAUGCUUUAGAUCAGCGGGGGAACGACGAGGACGAAGAGGAAGAAGAUCUCUCAGAAGCUGAGCCGGAUAAUGACACAUCAUUGAAAAUGAAAAUCAAGCUGAAAAAGAAAGUUGGUGGAGUUAGUACUGCAGAAGUUAGUCGCCCAAAACGGAAACGGCACAGCCGCCGCUACCAGGACGAAGAACCUGAACAAGACGAAUAUGAAGAUGAUGACAACGGAAGUGGACGGUCAUCCCGUAGCUCAUCGCGAGGAGUUUCCUCGCCAUCACCCGCUGCAGCCGUAGGAAGUCGACGAAGCUCCAGAAUUUAGCUCCAAUGUUAUUCCAGGAAGAAAGUAGAAAAAUAGAGCAGAGUUACAUUCCAGAAGAAUACUCAUAACUUGUUCAUAAGUUACGUUCUUCAUUAUUCCGUGAAAUUUAUAUAACAAACAUCAUAAUCUCAGUAAUUAGCUUACUUACUAUACCUAUAUAAUAACGAGUCUGUAGAUGCGUCGUUGUGUAGUUCUUCAGUCAUUUCUCCCUAAUAUCCUUGUUUUCCGUAAAUGCAAUAAAUGCAAGUAAAACUAAAAUAA